GUUACAUAAAGUGUUAAUCACGAAAUUGUAUAAAAACACUUUAUACCGGUGUUUCGUUUAAUUUGAAUCGCAGCUGCGGUAGUUUUUUGAACAAAUUCGGGGACAAAUUUAGUUUUCUAAAAUGGCACAUACAUAUAAACUUAUAUAUUUUGACGUCCCCGGAAAGGGUGAAGCAAUUAGAAUGAUCUUAAGCUAUGGAGAAAUUCCAUUUGAGGACAAACGCAUCCAGAUGGGGGAUUGGCCAAAACUUAAACCAACUACCCCUCUUGGACAACUUCCCUUGUUAGAGGUCGAUGGUAAAGCAAUCCCUCAAAGUACUGCAAUCUGCAGGUACUUGGCAUCAAUAGUAAAACUAGAUGGCAAAGAUGCAAAAGAAAAUCUUGCUCUAGAUGUUGCACUAGAAACUCUUUUUGAUUUACAAAAAAUGAACGGCGAAAUAAAGUAUGAACAAGACGCCGCUAAAAAAAAGGAAAAACUUGAAAAAUUAUUACAACAAGGAUUACCUCUGUAUUUUGGAAAACUAGACGAAUAUGCUAAGAAACACAAUGGUUACAUAGCUUUUGAAAGGUUGUCAUGGGCUGAUAUUUUAUUCGUUUGUGUAUAUGAAGCAUUAGUCAAUCUUGCAGGUAAGGAGGCUGUAGCUUCUUACCCUAGUUUACAGCAAGUUAAGAAGAAUGUUCUAGCAACAAAAGGUAUUAAUAAAUGGAUUAAAAAUAGACCAGCAGUGGAGGGAUACGAUUUGAAACAAGAUCUUUAAGAUUUUUUUAUAUAUUUUUAUUUAAUAAAUAAUUAUUAUUA